CUAGUGGUAUCAUGGCCUAUAGUGCCUCUUCUCGUUUAAUUUACUUUGCAUUUUCAGCCAUUGCUUUUGUGUGCCUCGUAGAUGGAGAGAAGUGUAAAACUCUCGAAGGCAAGUGGUACAAUCAACUGGGCUCAGAAGUUUACCUAGAGCAUGAUAUCAAUGGUAUCCUCUAUGGGGAGUACAGAACUGCGGUUGAGAGACGCAAUGGCUCUGCCGGAGUGGAUCACUCUAUUGUGUUAGGUUCUGCACCAUAUAACUUCCCUGGUGCAGUCUUUGCUUUUUCAGUUGUCUGGCGAACUGGCAUCUCAACAACAGUGUGGACUGGUCAAUGUUUAGUCCGUGAGGAUGGCCAGGAGACUCUCCUCACAUCAUGGCUACUACGUUCCAGUGUCAAUACCUGUAUAGACAAGUGGAAAUCAACUAUGAUUGGUCGUGACACAUUCACCAGAUAUGAGCAGCUUUCUGGUCCUCGGAAACCUGAUGAAGGAAAAACAAAAGUACCAACAAAAAUUGAUAAAAUAAUCCAUAAUUUUGGCCCUGAUGUCAAAAACCAAUUGUGUAAUUUGAAUGGAAACUGGUAUAACACCCUGGGCUCUGAGAUGAUUCUCAAACAGAGAUCAGAUAAUGUAAUUGAAGGGGAAUAUCGCACAGCUGUUGAGAGAGAAACAGGUGCAGCAGGUAACAGCCAUUCUAAGGUGUUUGGAAUUGGACAGCUUGGUAGCUCAAGCAGCACAUUUUCCUUCUUUGUGGUAUGGAACAAUGGUAGUUCUGUCACUGGAUGGGUGGGACAGUGCCACAUUUGUGGUGAAAAUAAAACAGAGAUCAUUGAAAGUACCUGGCUACUGAGGAAACAGGUGGAAAAGGUGGAAGACAACUGGAGUUCAACUUUGUACAGUGAAGAUAGCUUUACUCACACUGAGACUACACCAGGACCUAGGAAAAAGGACAACACACAUACACCAGACAGGAGUGUAGAUGAAUCUCCAAAGACUUGUGAUGGGUGUCAUCCUCUGUUUUCUUUUGUCCUUUUGGGCUUGAGUGUGCUAGUGUCUUUAUUGUUUUAAACAAUCCAGCUGACCUACAAGUGAUAUAUACUAUGCUGAUUUUUAAAGUGGUCUCAGUUUUGUUUCAAUAGUUAGGGUUUUAAAUUUCUCCUCUGCUUCAUGGAAAUGUCCAAAAUUGUAGUAUCUUGGUUGUUUUAAUAACAAAUGAAUGAAAACAAUGCAGGUAUACAUACUCAGAAACAGAUAGGGCUAGUCAUAUAAUAUGGUGAGAUCAUGUUAUUUUGGGUGCAAUUUACAGAAGUGAAACACCAGUCAAUAUAAUUUCCAGCAUUUUCCCAUCAAGUAACAGUUUUUUUUUCUUUAUAUGUAUU